AGCCUAGCCGCCAUUUUCCGAGCAGCGCCGCCGCCGCGCUCACCCGGAGCGGGGGGGAAGCACCGCCGCGCUCGCUCCGCCGCCGCACCGCGGGCGGAGAGCGAUACAGAGCGGCCCGACCCAGCGCCCGCGGGCAGGCGAGGGCCCGCAGCCGGCGGCUCCAGGGCGCUCCCCGAGCCGGGGGUGGGGGGGCAGCUUCUCCCCCCGCCCCAGCCCGGGCUGCAGCCGCCGCCGCCGCUCUGCACCCGGGAAGGGAGGAAGAGACGAGCCCCGUCCCCCGCGGCCGGGGAAGACCGAGCGGGGGGGGGAGCCGGGGCUGCAGCCGGGGCUGGCGCUGCCUGUGCCGGCUGCGGCUCCGCUUCUCCCCUCGGUCGGCGCUUGUUUGCAAACUGCGCCCAUUUUGUGCGGGGCUGAAUCCGCCCGGACUGUGCUCUCGGCUCCAUCACGUGGCUGUCCUCAGGCGAGGCAGUAAGAGGCAGUGGAGCUGGCCUCGGCACUGGGAGAGGCUGGAUUUCCUGUCUCUUGGUGCUGAAUGGCUGCGAUGGCGCCCGCUCUCACUGACGCAGCAGCUGAAGCUCACCACAUCCGGUUCAAACUGGCUCCCCCGUCCUCCACCUUAUCACCUGGCAGUGCCGAGAACAACGGCAACGCCAACAACAUCCUUCUCACUGCCAACGGCACCAAAAGGAAAGCCAUUGCUGCAGAGGAUCCCAGUGUAGAUUUCCGAAAUAACCCUACCAAGGAGGAGCUGGGCAAGCUGCAGCCACUGGUGGCCUCUUAUCUCUGCUCAGAUGUAACAUCUGUUCCUUCAAAAGACCCUUUGAAGCUGCAAGGAGUCUUCAACAAGCAGACAGUUCUUAAACCUCACCCUCUCUUAUCUCAGUCUUUCUUGAAAACGAACGAUCUGUUGGGGAGACAGCCAGUGUUGGAGUUUUCUUUGGAAAAUCUAAAAAACAUGAGUACUAGUGGUCAGCCACCUCUUCCACAAGCACCUGUGAAUGGCUUGGCCAAGAAAUUGGCUAAAAGUACCAAUUCAGACCAUGAAAACUCCAGUUCACUUAAUGGUGGGAAGCGUGCUCCCCUCUCAGCCACCCUCCAGGGUGUUGACCCUAACACUGCAGGGGGUUCUGAAUCAGGGGACUUGAAGACGGGUUUGACCAAUUGCACUCUCCCACACAGAAGCCUUGAUGCUGAGCGCACAACUCCAUUUAGCAAUAAUAGCACUGCAAACAAUGUGUCGCUUAAUUCUGCAGCGCAGCAGCGGGUGAUUGAAGGAGGCGGUGGAGAGAAUAGAUUGUCUGGUGGAGAUGCACAUUCUGAUUUUGGGAGCGGCAAGACAGGGGAGCAGAAGUCUCCUCUGUCGGCUAGUCUCUUCAGUGCCAUGGACUCUGAUUUGAGGACAAGGGCAGUGCUACGACGGCAGGCAGACAUUGAGAACCGUGCUCGCAGGCUGCAGAAGCGCCUGCAGGUGGUGCAGGCCAAGCAGGUAGAGAGGCACAUCCAGCAACAGCUGGGUGGCUUCUUGGAGGAGACUCUGAGUAAACUGCCAAACUUGGACUCUCUAAGGCAUCGGAGCCAGCUGAUGCUCACCCGCAAGGCAGAAGCAGCCUUGAAGAAAGCUGCAAGUGAAACAAGUACGUCGGAAGGACUAAGCAGCUUCCUGAAGAGCGACUCUAUUUCAGAGGAACUGGAGAGGUUUACAGCCAGUGGGAUGGCCAACUUGAGAUCCAGUGAGCAAGCAUUUGAUUCGGAUGUCACUGAGAGCAGCUCAGGAGGGGAAUCUGACAUUGAGGAGGAGGAACUGACCAAAGCAGAACCAGAACAGCAUCAUGUACCACUGAGGAGACGGUCAGAAUGGAGAUGGGCAGCAGACCGAGCGGGUAUAGUCAGUCGCUGGAACUGGCUUCAAGCUCACGUCUCAGACCUGGAAUACCGAAUCCGACAACAAACAGAUAUUUACAAGCAGAUUCGCGCUAAUAAGGGGCUGAUAGUCCUUGGUGACGCGUCAUCCCCAGAUACUGCAGUAGAUGAUGCAUCCCAUCCCCUUAGUGCCGAAGUUAAGCUGGAGCCCGGGACUGACAGACUGGGUGCUUCCAUUUCCCAGCCAGUAGUGAGUCUUGGUACAUCUGCUGGAAAUACUCCAGAAUCCCUUCCCUCCAAACCCUGUGGAGCACUGAGACCUGUCAAUGGAGUUAUUAACACUCUUCAGUCUGGCUUGGCCGAACAUGCUCAGGGAGAUGGCACAGAUGUUGAGGAGCUGUUGCAUAAAAAGCAGCGACUGAACAUGGUCUCUUCUCCUUCUGAUGGAACCUGUGUAGCAGCUCGCACCCGCCCAGUACUAAGCUGCAAGAAGCGACGGCUCGUUCGACCUAGCAACAUCAUACCCCUCUCCAAAAAGGUUCAUCGUAACAGCACGGUGCGAUGUAGCUGUGAUGUGAACCCGUUGUGUGCCAUCUGUGGCACUCGAAGCUCCAUAUCUCCGGAAAUCCAGUAUGAAACCCCUUUGCUGGAGCGCCUCUCCCAGCUGGACUCCUGUAUUCACCCCGUUCUAUCAUUCCCAGAUGAUGUGCCGAUGAGCCUGCACUUCCAGAAUAUGCUGAAAUCCCAGUGGCAGAGCAAGCCCUAUGAGAAAAUCAAACCUCCCAAAAAGCUCUCGUUCAAGCAUAGAGCCUCCGUGUCGGCCAGUAGCCUGUCUGACCCUGCUCGCAAGGACCGCCACAAACUGGUCAACUCCUUCACAGCAGCCAAGUGCUCACAUCACAAAAUCCAACCAGACAAGGCACACAGACAGCCCUUAGACGAUCUAAUGGCUGUGUCCAAGGCCCAGAGAGCGCCAGAGCGCUCACUUAUCCUGCGUCCUGCACAUGACAAAAAGCAAUUGUGGGACUCCUCACCUGAGAGACGCGAAGUGUUAAAGCAUCACACGGAUGUCGGAGGCCCAAGCUACCUAUCAGCAGCUGCAGCCUCUAUGCCCCACAGCCCCAUAGUGCGGCAGCUGUCCACAUCCUCUGAAAGUUCUGCUCCUGCCAGCACAAGUUCACAGGGCACCUCUGGCAUGUCUCAGCCGAGGAGGAGGAGAGGCGAAAGUUCCUUUGAUAUUAAUAACAUUGUCAUCCCGAUGUCUGUUGCUGCAACAACUCGUGUAGAGAAACUACAAUACAAAGAAAUCCUCACACCGAGCUGGCGUGAAGUGGAUAUCAGUGCUCUGAAAGUGAACCCUGAUGAAGACAAUGAGGAGAUUGAGGACCUGUCUGAUUCAGCCUUUGCUGCUCUUCAUGCCAAGUGUGAAGAGAUGGAGCGGGCAAGGUGGCUCUGGAGCACCAGUCUCCCCCCUCAGCGGCGAGGCAGCAGGUCUUACAGAUCAGCAGACGGUCGGACAACCCCUCAGCUGGGGAACCCCUCCACUCCCCAGCCACCGUCCCCCGAUGUGGGCAACUGCCACUCCCAUUCUGAAUUCUCCCCACACAGUCCCGUCAGCCCCGAACUGCACUCUGCCCCUCUCACGCCUGUUUCCCGUGACUCCAUGCGGCUCUUGUCCAGUGAGGACACCCGUUGUUCCACACCCGAGUCUGGUCUGGACGAACAGGCUGUGCAGCCCUGGGAGCGACGCUACUUCCCGCUCUCCUACAACCCCAAGACAGAGUGCGAGGACCAAGCUGAUCCCCAGGACCGGUUGUCGCGCUGCACCCGGCGCACAUCGGGCGGCAAGUCAUCCCGGGAGAUGGACAGCACCCUCCCCUUGCCCGCCCUCCCCAGCCCCAAGAGCCGGACCCCAGCCGUGGCCUCCUCAGCAGCAGCAACAGCAGUUCAGCGGCCGGCACACAGAUAGAGCCGGACAGGAGCAAAACCAACACACACAACUAACUCUUGGCAUUAAAGCUUCCGAAAUCUGCGUUUGAUAUUCAAACAUCCUGCCGGGAAUUUUCACAGUUUUUAGUGAAUUUAAGGAGUUUAGAAACUGUUUUCUUUUUGUUUGUUUUGUUUUUGGGUUUUUUUUCCAUGUUUCCUUGUCACACAAUAAGAGCACCCCAGCUUCCUCCCAGCAGAGUGAAGCCUCGGGAGGAGAGCAGUCUGCCAGACACCCUUCCGCCCCUCCCCCUUAGGUGUAUCAUUCUAGAGCACAGAAUUUAGCUGACUAGCAGAUGUCGGGGAUUUUUCUCUUACUCUCUGCUGCCUGCUGCCUCCUCCCCAAAAAGUUUUAGUGGAGUGAAAUUAGUGGUGAAAAGUGAUGUCUUUGGAAUGCAACCUCCCGCACUAGCUCUCUCUCCCCACAUGCAGAGCUGAGAUCUGCAGUCUCUGCACCCCCAUCCGCUGUCGUUUUGUUCCCUAGGUUGUAGUUCCAGGUAUUACCUCCAUGAUUCCCCCAGGCUGCCUGCUGCAUUGCACUGUACUGCCCUUCAUUUCUUCCUUUCGCCACUCCUGCUUUUAGAGCAGCUGUUUGCUUCAUGGAGGACAAGACUUCCUGUCACUUCAGGAAAGGAAGGCCCCUCAUUAGCUGCUUCAUGCACAGCUCCAUGUGGGAGAGUGAGAUUUCGGAAGCAGCCUUGUUCAGUUCACACCUUGUGUUUAUACUGAGUGAAGGGCAGGGAAGUGGGAGUCAAUCCAGCAUGUUCUGGUGCUUCAGCAGGAGCAGAGUUUAUCCAGCACCCUAAGGACUCCUUUUGCUGGGAUCUAGCUUGCUGCUGGCACCAGUACAUGCUUUGAUGCAGGAAAUGCAGUUGUGUUACCAACACUUUAAUUUCCCUUUGUGGUUUUUUACCCACAAUUAGAAAAUGUCAGGCUAGGUUAGCAGCCGGCCAUCAGAAUGUCACUUCUGUUACUGUUACUGCUUAGAAACCAUGAUGAGCUGCAGAUGCCAGGAGGAGUGUUCAGUUGGCAGGAGUAGGACUCAGCAAUUCACCAUAUGAAGUCUGUAGGCUGCAGUGCAUAGGCUGCUAAUGUUUGUUUCACUUAAAUUGGUUUGAUCUAUUUAAAGAAAAAGCAAGUGGCGUGCUGCUCGAAGUCCAGCUCGCUUAGGAAAAGAUCAGGACUUGUUUUUCACCACUGCUUAACUCCACUUCCACACACACUUUGAAAACAAAUGUUGAGUCAGUUUCAUUUUCAGGACUUUUUGGUCUGAUGAUCAUAAAGUUUGACAGGUAUUUUAUUUUAAAAUGGCACCACCGCUGCCCCCUCCUCUAGAGACUCCUGGAUCCCACACACCGUUCCCAUCUGUAAUGUUCUCUGACCCUAGCGGUGUGGCUAUUGGUCCCUGUCCUGUUGUUAGCAUUGUGCCUGUCUUAUGUAUAAUCACAUCACCAAAAAAGGAAAAAAAAUACAAAGGACAUAAUUUUUUUUUUCCAUUUUGUAAUCGUAAAGAAAUAGUAGCUAAACUGCUUAAUGGUUGGGGUUUUUUCACAAUUUUCAACAUUAUCUAGUGUUUUUGGUUCUGUUCUAGUUUAAAGGAUUUGUCAUCGUUUCUUUAAAAAAAAAUGCUACCAUAUCCCUUUGCAUAAGUGCUUUUCUAUUUAUAAGGUUGAAAAUUCUGAAUAACCCUUUUAGCAUUAUAAAAAAAACCACAAAAAAAACCACCUUGUAUUUUGUAAAUAUUUUUCUUUUCCUGCUUUGAGCUGUGUAAUGUCCUUGUUCUAUAGAAACGCUUUUCUUCUGAGAAGCUGAUCUUUGUUAAUGUCCUGAUUCUGUUUGCAAAGCACAAAUGUGCUUAUAAAAAAAAAAAAGAAAAGAUUAAAAAAAAAUUAAAAAAUGUA